UAUAAAUGUCAACAGACUGAUUGUUGUUUCUCUCCCCGGCAACUUAGAAGGCCCAUCAUUUUUAUUUUUUUUGUCAGUCAGGUUUCAUCAAAAUUUGUUAUUUUCAUUUGACCAUGAAGUUAUAGCAACAAGCAGUACAAACAAGAACUGAAAUGGCCAAAUUUGUUAGGUUUCAAAGGUUUCCUUGGAAUACUAUACAAAACAUAAGUCUCUCAAAAACAAUUCACAGACAAUUAAGUUUGCUGUCUUAUUCAAAACUGCAAGAAAUUCAUAGCAAUUUGCAUAAAAGACCAAGGAGGCACAAUAUAGAUAGUUGGAAGGUUCAAAGAUUUUUCAGUAGUGCCACUAACAUGACUAAUGAUAUGUUAGAAAAGGAUAACACCCUGAAACAACUUUUUGAUGGAAUAAUUAAUUGUGAAAGAGGAAGCUUGGCAAGGGGAAUAACUCUGAUAGAGUCUUCUCAUCCAAAGAAGAAGCAACAAGCUAAGAUAUUAUUGAACAGUAUUCUACAGUACAGUACAGAAAAACAGAAAUCUGGACAGCCUAAAAAAUUGUCUUUCAGAAUAGGUUUAUCCGGACCACCAGGAGCUGGUAAAAGUACAUUUAUUGAGACAUUUGGUAAAUUCCUGACCGCUAGAGAUAACAAAGUGGCUGUGUUAGCUGUAGAUCCAUCAUCAGCAACUACUGGAGGUUCCUUGUUGGGAGACAAGACUAGAAUGUUUGAACUGUCUAGAGAUUGGAAUGCCUUUAUACGACCUUCACCUUCUAGGGGUACAUUAGGUGGUGUUACCAGGACAACCAAUGAAGCCAUUCUAUUGUGUGAGGCAGCAGGAUAUAAUAUCAUCUUGAUUGAAACCAUUGGUGUUGGUCAGUCUGAGUAUGCUGUAGCUGAUAUGGUAGAUCUGUUCUGUCUUUUGAUGCCUCCAGCUGGGGGAGAUGAACUUCAAGGUAUUAAAAAAGGAAUUGUUGAAGUAGCUGACUUAGUUAUUAUCAAUAAAAGUGAUGGAGAACUGGUACCUGCAGCAAGAAGAAUACAGGCCGAAUAUAUUAGUGCUCUAAAAUAUUCAAGACGGAGAUCAAAGUUCUGGAAACCAGAGGUUACAAGAAUAUCAUCUGUCAAUAAAGAGGGUAUACCCGAGUUAUGGGAAUUAAUGGAAAGUUUUCAAACUGUGAUGAUGGAAUCAAAUGAGUUACAAAGAAAGAGGCAGUUACAGAAGAAAAUAUGGAUGUGGUCUUUCAUUCAAAAUAAUAUAAUGGACAUGUUUAAAACUCAUCCUGCUGUGCAGAACUUAAUUAAAAAUGUUGAAGAUGAAGUUAUGAAAGGGGAGAUAACUCCUGGAACUGGUGCCGACUUGCUUCUGACAAAAUUUAUUAAAGAGAGUUGAUAUCUAUUUUUUUUUAUAAAAUAUGUACUUAUACAAGUAUCUCAGCAUACUGUUUGCUAUUUUGAAUUUAUUUUGUAAUGAGUUUUGAAUAUUGAUAAGAAAUUACAAUCAUCUGAGUUACAAAAAAGAAAUUGUUUAAAUUUAUAAGCUCAAUCACUAGUAAAAAGAUAAAGACGAAACUGUCCUUAUGGUCAUUGGUGGAAAUAAAUCAUGAUUAUUUUUUUUUUAAAUUAAUGACUUUUGAUAAACAAAUAUUAUAUUUAUGAAAUAAUUCAUGGAAGCCAUAGAUUGUUGGAAAUUUACACAUGGCCUGGGCUGUGAUAUUCAAAUUUCAUCCUGAGGGUUAGCGAAGGAUAAAAUUAACGAAUAUCACAGUCCAUGCCAUGUGUAAAUUUCCAACAGUCUAUGGCUUCUAGAAUUAUUUCAAUUCUAAUAGGACAAAUACGGUCAUUAAAAUACUAAAGCAGGGGUUGGUUUGGUGUGUGUAUGGCUAAUCUUUUUUACUCCCUGUUAGAUAAAGCUUAAAUAUCAUAAUAAAUCCGUAGCUUGCAUGGGUUAUUUAAUGAAUAACUGCUAGAAAAAAAUAAUUUAAUUCUUCUAAUUCUCAAACCCAACAUUUGCAAUUUUUAAUUUAUAUGAUUUGCUCGUUAGCUUCCGUCCAAUCCAAAGUUGACAUUUCAUAACUAAGGAGCCGCCAUGUUGACUUGCUGAAAUUAGUUAGCAUGCAAAUAAUGCAAUAGAAUAGAAAACAAAACAAAACCUACCUCAAAAUCAGUUUUAAUACAAUAUCAUACUAAUUUCGAUGGUUCACGUAACAGAAAACUUUCAACUCUAGCUAUUUCAUUUGUAUGACGUCAUGUUUUUAAAUGACUUAAAUGCACCAAAAAAAUGAAUAGACUUUCGCGGAAUUUUAUUUUAUCUUUAUUUUGUUGAUUUCUCUGAGCUAUUAUGCAUCCGAAUAAGAAUAACAGUUAUUUUGUCUUUUUUUAACAGCACUUUUUAAAACAAUAAAAUUACCAAAGGGUCUGCAAAUGGGUUCCAAUGCGUCAUAAAGAUUUACAUGGGAAUGUAACAGCCAUUAUACUGUAUAUCUCUAAGUCUGUGCAAAGUAUAGAUAUAUCGAGAAUUUUAUCAGAGGGUUGUUUACAAAGUGAAAGAAGCACAUCAUGUUAGAAUUAUACUUUUUUAUGGGCCGCUUUCUUAAGGGACAUGCUGUUUUCCAGUCUUUGUGUCUGUCCAUCUGUCAGUUUGUCUGUCAUUACUGUAUCAGGUUAAAGUUCUGGUUAAAGUUAUUUUGUGUUCAUAUAAGAAAACGCCUGUAAAAUAAAUAUGACAGUUGUUAUCCAUUUGUUUGAUGUGUUUAAGCUUUAAUUUGAUUUUGCCAUUUGAUUAUAGACUUUCUGAUUUGAAUUUUCCUUGGAGUUCAGUAUCAUUUUGUUAUUUUUUACCAAUAUGAAACUUUUGAAAUACACAUCUUCAUUAAUACAAUUAUUGAGUGAACUGAUUAAUAAUAUAUAUAUGCAUAAAUUUAGGGUUUAACCCAUAUUUAGCUGUUCACUGAUUAUAGAAAGGUGUAAUUGCAAGUGUACCACGGGUGUCCUUUAUAUUGACAUAUUUGUUUGUAACUGAUUUACGUAAAAAUAGACCAAAGGAAAGUUAAUGAAUUUCACAAAUUAACAAUAUUUACAGUUGAAAAUAACACUAAAGAAAUAUACUUUUAAACAUUGUACAACUUACUUUUAUGAAUACUUGUGCAGUGCAAAAUAUAAGAGAGUUUAAAAUUCAUUUUAAAAUGGUAAUAAAUUCAAGAGACUGAAAGUGUCAUUACAUUAAAAAUGUAAUCAUGUUAUUGAUGAUGUAAUCACGUUAUUGAUGAAGUAAUCACGUUAUUGAUGAUGUAAUCAUGUUAUUGAUGAUGUAAUCACGUUAUUGAUGAUGUAAUCACGUUAUUGAUGAUGUAAUCACGUUAUUGAUGAUGUAAUCAUGUUAUUGAUGAUGUAAUCACAUUAUUGAUGAUGUAAUCAUGUUAUUGAUGAUGUAAUCAUGUUAUUGAUGAUGUAAUCACAUUAUUGAUGAUGUAAUCGCGUUAUUGAUGAUGUAAUCACAUUAUUGAUGAUGUAUAAUGGCAUGCUGUUGAUCUUUGC